AUGAUUGAAGACAAUAAGGAAAACAAAGAUCAUUCCUUAGAAAAGGGAAGAGCAACUCUCAUUUUUUCCUUAAAGAAUGAAGUUGGAGGACUUAUAAAAGCACUGAAAAUCUUCCAGGAGAAGCAUGUGAACCUAUUACAUAUUGAGUCCCGAAAAUCAAAGAGAAGAAACUCAGAGUUUGAGAUUUUUGUUGAUUGUGAUAUCAGUAGAGAACAAUUGAAUGAUAUUUUUCAUCUGUUGAAGUCUCAUACUAAUGUUCUCUCUGUGACUCUACCAGAUAAUUUUACUGUGAAGGAAGAUGGUAUGGAAACUGUUCCUUGGUUUCCAAAGAAGAUUUCUGACCUGGACCAUUGUGCUAACAGAGUUCUGAUGUAUGGAUCCGAACUGGAUGCUGACCAUCCUGGCUUCAAAGACAAUGUCUAUCGUAAAAGACGAAAGUAUUUUGCAGAGUUGGCUAUGAACUAUAAACAUGGAGACCCCAUUCCUAACGUUGAAUUCACUGAAGAGGAGAUUAAGACCUGGGGAACUGUGUUCCGAGAGCUCAACAAACUUUACCCAACCCAUGCCUGCAGAGAGUAUCUCAAAAACUUACCUUUGCUUUCUAAAUACUGUGGAUACCGGGAAGAUAAUAUCCCACAAUUGGAAGAUGUCUCAAACUUUUUAAAAGAGCGUACAGGUUUUUCCAUCCGUCCUGUGGCUGGUUACUUAUCACCAAGAGAUUUCUUAUCAGGUUUAGCCUUUCGAGUUUUUCACUGCACACAGUAUGUGAGACACAGUUCAGAUCCCCUCUAUACUCCAGAGCCAGAUACCUGUCAUGAACUCUUGGGUCAUGUUCCCCUUUUGGCUGAACCUAGUUUUGCUCAGUUCUCCCAAGAAAUUGGCCUGGCUUCUCUUGGAGCUUCAGAAGAGGCUGUUCAAAAACUGGCAACGUGCUACUUCUUCACUGUGGAGUUUGGUCUAUGUAAACAAGAGGGGCAGCUAAGAGUCUUCGGUGCCGGCUUACUUUCUUCCAUCAGUGAACUCAAACACGCACUUUCUGGACAUGCCAAAGUAAAGCCCUUUGAUCCUAAGAUUACCUGCAAACAGGAGUGUCUCAUCACAACUUUUCAGGAUGUCUACUUUGUAUCUGAAAGCUUUGAAGAUGCAAAGGAGAAGAUGAGAGAAUUUACCAAAACAAUCAGGCGUCCAUUUGGAGUGAAGUAUAAUCCUUAUACACGGAGUAUUCAGAUCUUGAAGGACGCCAAGAGCAUAACCAGUGCCAUGAAUGAGCUGAAGCAUGAGCUUGAUGUUGUCAGUGAUGCCCUUGCUAAAGUCAGCAGGCAGCUGAGCAUCUGACAGUUGCCAGUCCUAAUCCCGAAAGCAUCUGAGCAUUCAGAGGCCUGUGGGCCAACUGUUGCUUUGCUUGAUGACCUGGUUGUGGAGGAACAGCAGCCAAACAAUAUUCUCCAUUCCCAUUCCUUAAUGGACCAUUAGUCUUUGAAAAUGUGUACCUGGAUACUCUAGCCACUACUUUUUUUUUUUUCUUUUGGUAACAGCUUUAGUGAAGUAUAGCCUAAUUUUAUUUUCCCCAGUUCUUCUUGAGUAAAAUGACUUUGAUGAUCACUUAAAAUACCUUGGUGGUUAUUAUGGAGCUGAUCCAUAUUGUUACUUAAGAUUCUCUUAUUUCUACAAUAGCUUACUUAUAACUGAAUUUGUGCCAAGCUUGGUCACAUUCACAUGCCCAAAUUUAAUAGGGGAUCAGCUGUCUCUGCUGCUAGCCUGAGCAAAAGCAGAGAGGCCUUUGCAUAUGAAACAUACCUGGUAAAGAGCAAAUAGUCUAUUUUUAAGUGUAGUGUCUUGUAGGGAAAAAGGAGUAUCUAAGUCUAGAAAGGUUGAUUGGAGUAUAAUCCUUAAGUCCAGGUGAAGAAUUUGUGACUUUAUUUUGAAGGCACUAGGGAGCCCCUGCCCGAGUGACCAUCCUCCUUGAAACUCUUUUCUUUCUGUGGCAUUGCAUAUGUUUUACAUUAUCUGUACUACUCAAGAGGCCAAAGGGAACUUGCAAGGCCCUGAACUCUGACAUGCAGCCCCAGAGAAUAUCCUCAGGUUAGCAGGAGACAGUGUUGUCAGAGGGAGAGUUCAAACUGAGACAGAUGAGAGGCGUGCAAAUUUUAAGUUGGAAAAGCAGUGCCAAGCACUUUAUUUCCAAGGUAUAAGGUGAGACCAUAAAUAGGAAGGCCAGGCGUGACAGUCGAGUGUGGGGAAAUGGGGAGGAGAUGGUGUAAGAGAAGUCAAGAAGAGCAUUUUAGGACUGACACUGUAAUUAAUAAUGAAGGCUACAAGCACUGGCUUUUAUGUGGUGUCAGCGGUGUAGUACAGGGAGCAGGCUUGGUAUAAAGCGGUAAAGCUGGAAUCCCCAAGAUAGGCUUGUGUCUCUUCAGUUUGCUCCUUUCCUCCCCCCACCCACUAAAGGAAGACUUUCCUCAAGUUUCUGUCUUUAGCCCUCUUCUCUCUCUGCUCUCUGUUCACUGGAGAUGUCAUCCGUGUCCAUGACUUUCUUAUUUCGUAUGUCUCCCAUAUUUGCAAUUCUAACCCUGACAUGUCUUGAGUUUUUGCCUCUUACAUCCAGCUGCCUGCCAGAUAUUUCCGUCUAGAUGUCCCAUGAAUUAGGCUAAUGUUGUGUAACUUCUUGUGGCACCAUUCAUUAGAAUGAAAUGGGGUUGUGCAACAUGGCAGCCCUGUCAAUUAUCUUAAACUCUAUAGGUCCGAAAAGAAACUCAGAAUCACCAGAAUAUUGUGCCCCAUCAGUUUCCUCUCCCAGUGAUCUCAUUUCUAUUAAUUGUAUUAAGGGUCAUAUUUUCAGCUAAUUUCCCAUUCUUAAUCAGCUAUUUAAAGACCGUGUCCUUAAUUUUUUCACAUUAAUAGUCAAAUUGA